AUGAAUCGCAAGCCAGGCAUAUGCCACGCCUUCCAGCGAGGCAAGUGCCACUAUGGCGCCAGAUGCAAGUUCAGCCACGACUUGACACAUGAAGGGCACACAUCACGCCUUCGACCAUGCAACCUCUUCAAGACACCACAAGGCUGCAAAUUUGGUACUGCUUGCAAGUUUUCGCAUGACCGCACGAGUCAAAAUCAAGAUGAUGACACCACUACACAAGAAUUCGACAAGUGGAGGCAACAGUUAACUCAACGUCAACCGCUCGGUUUCGGGCUCGGUAAGUUUUUCGAGCAGACCUUGCAGCUUGUCAACCUCGACAAUGCUUGCCGACAAGAAGUCGUUAGAACUCUUGCUUCCGAUCGCGGUCUGAUUAGAAUCCUCGAGUUGGUCAGUCAGAACUUCGACACUAUGUCUGACAAGACGACGGAGCAUGUUUUCACCAUUCAGAUUGUGCCUCUGUUCCGCGCCUUGUCCGAAGAGCAUGUCAUGUCAUCCCCUCUCCUCGAACGCCAUCUCGGCGAUAUCUGCAUUUUCAUGUACGGUGUUGGAGGUAUCAGAGGCGAAAAGCUCUUUGCUACUGUCGUUCGAGCACUGUCCGCAUCAAUGCAUAAUCCGGAUGUCAAGUUUUAUGUUUCUCUUGAAGCAUCACUCGCAGUGUUGUCAAAGAUCGUGGAAUUCAACAGCACUGCAAAGGUGACACCGAUCUUUGGCACUUAUGCAAGCACUAUGGCAGCCAUGAUGACACCGCAGAAUGACGAAGCUGCCGAUGUUUUGAGAUGUCAAGCAGAGAAGCAUCUUGAUGGUAUCAACAAGCGUCUAGGAAUUGGCAAGACAAUCCGGAACAUUGCAACUAGCAACACUCAGGACCUUCAAAGGCCAGUGUUCAAGCUCCAACGCGACUACCCCGGGCGCCUGGCCAACGGCAGACCCCGUCACGACAACGACUUUGAGUCAAUCGAGAAUAUUCAGAUAAUGCCAACUUCUGACGAGAUCAAAAGCCCCCACGCCGAAUAUCUACCCCUACAGGAUCCUUCAACUUGGCACAAACAAGGCCUUGAAGGCUUACUCGAUCGCCACUUCCGGUUGCUACGCGAGGAUACCGUCGGUCAAUUGCGAGACAGUGCUCGUAUUGAGCUUGAAGCUCUUCAGGGACCAGGAUCAGCAUAUUCACCCCGCAACAAUACCGGCACAUUGAAGAAGCAUACCUACCAUAAUGCUCUAGUUGAACAUCCCAAGUUUGAACCACGUAACGGCCUAGAGUUCGUUAUCAGCUUUGACCAACCGAUUGAGCUACAAUCAAAGUCCAACAAGAAGCGCAGCGACUGGUGGCGUGAUUCAAAGCGGCUGGAAGGUGAUGCGCUCGUGUGUCUCAUCAGUUCGACCCAGGCGAUCGUAUUCUGCAGCAUCAGCUUCCCUGAUGAUCCCGCCAGGAGGCCUGAGCGAGAAGCAGGCGAGACCCUUGACCCUCACCAAAACAUCACAUCUUAUGACACAGAUCGUGUCAGGGUAAUCGCUCGACCCGUUGAGAUGGAUUCGGAGGCUGUCGCCCAUAUCUUAGGCACCUUCUCUCACACAAACAUCCAGGGCGGCCGCUCCCUAGUCGAAUUCCCGGGAGUCCUCCUACCUGCGUUCCUUCCUACCUUGACCGCGCUCCAGACCUUAUCCAGGAAUGGUGUCCUGCCAUUUUCAACCUUCCUUGCACCUUUGGACGUUGUCGAAGAACAAGACACGAUGACCAUCCCCCCACCAGCUUACGCACGAAGAGCCGGGUUUCGCUUCAAAUUGGACUUGAUCACAGAGGGAAGCAAGAACCACUCGUAUGAUCCGGCAAGCCUUGAGCGCUCCGAUGUGGAAGAGCUGAAAAAGAUGUCCACCUUGGAUGAAACUCAAGCCACCGCUCUGCUUACCUCUCUGUCAAGGUCUUUUGCGCUCAUUCAAGGCCCUCCCGGAACAGGAAAGAGCUACACUGGCGUUGCACUUGUGAAAACACUCGUCAACAACAGGAAGGUAGGCAAGCUUGGUCCUAUCCUCGUGGUCACCUUCACCAACCAUGCCUUGGAUCAAUCGCUAGAGCAUCUGCUUGACGAGGGCAUCGCUCAAGUUGUUCGUAUUGGCAGUCGUUCUAAAUCUGAACGUUUGACCGACCUCAACCUGCGCAAAGUUGCCGAGAAGGCAGGCAAAACCAAGGUUGAAAAGUCUGAGUACGGAAAGGCCAGAGGACAGAUGAAGGACGAAGCCAGGGCGAUCAACGAGUCCUUGGUAGAGAUCUCGCAAGACAUUCAGUUGAUAAGAAAUUACCUGGCACGAAGUAACUCUUCUCAUGACGCUUACCUCUUUGGCGCACAGACCGACGCUGAAGGGUUCGUCACCGUCCAACAUAGUACCCCUGAGGAGCGUCUCAAGUCUUGGCUUCGUGGAGGUAAACACAUCCGAAGCAACAUGCCUACUCAAACAGUCGCCGGAGUUGCCGAUUUGGGAACUCUUUCGUACGUUGAAAGACACAAGCUGCACAAUCACUGGCUUCGAAGGGCAAGACAGCCAUUGAUUGAUGCGAUCAUGGACCGCGUCGAGCAAUUCGAGGACCACCAAUUACACCUGAACCACGUUCGUAACGAGUUGGAUCUUCGCGUGCUCGAGCAAGCUGAUGUUGUCGGAGUCACGACCUCAGGCCUUGCUCGUAAUCUUAGUCUUCUGCGUAGACUUCCUUCGAAGGUUCUUCUCUGUGAAGAGGCUGGCGAAGUGCUUGAGUCUCAUCUCCUGACUGCGUUGCUACCGUCUGUCGAGCACGCUAUCCUCAUUGGCGAUCAUCUGCAACUACGACCCCACAUCCAGUGCUACGAUUUGUCCCAGGAGAGCAUCCAAGGUCAGCAGUAUUCCUUAGAUACCUCCCUUUUCGAGAGACUUGUCACUGCGACCGAUGGUGGAAUACGUCUUCCGUUUAGCCGUCUUGACACGCAGCGACGAAUGCAUCCCAGCAUUGCUGAGCUAGUGCGUUCGACGCUAUACCCUACACUCUCGGACGCGCCGUCCACUCUCACGCACCCGGAAGUAGCUGGGAUGAGAAAGCGUCUAUUCUGGCUUGAUCACCAGCAUCCUGAAACCCACGGGGGGGCUCAAUCUACCUCACACACCAAUGACUACGAAGUCGAGAUGACUACUGCUCUUGUUUCGCACUUGAUCAAGCAAGGAACGUACAAACCAGGAGCCAUUGCAGUUCUCACACCAUACUUGGGGCAACUCAGAAAACUCCGUCUCAGGAUGCAGAGCUCUUUUGAAGUUCUGCUCGAUGAUCGUGACGUCAAGAGUCUCCAAGAUGAAGGUAUGAAUGACGCAGCACAGGUAAGAGCUCCAUUGGCGCCUGGCGUCCAGAAAGGUUCCAUCGCUUCUGCCGUACGCAUUGCUACUGUCGACAACUUCCAAGGAGAGGAAGCCGAGGUUGUCAUCAUUUCCCUGGUCAGAAGCAAUCAGGAACAAAAGUGUGGAUUUCUGCGGACUUCUAAUCGCAUCAAUGUCCUGUUGUCUCGUGCCAAGAAUGGCAUGUACAUCAUCGGAAAUUCGGCCACCACCCAGCACAUCCCCAUGUGGGCUGAAGUCCUUCAGAUACUUCAGAUUGACAGUAACUUCGGCGAAGUUCUGGAGCUGGCAUGUCCCAGACAUCCUGAGGACGAGAUGAAUGUCGCCGAACCGGACGACUUCAUCAAAUUCGCUCCUGACGGUGGCUGUGUUUUACCAUGCGCUCAGAGACUGAAUUGUGGACAUCACUGUGACUCUCGUUGUCACUCUCAAACCCUUCACGAUGCUGUGAAGUGUCUCGCACCCUGCCCCAGGCAGCCUGGUACUCACUCAUGCUCUCAUGCGUGUCCGCGUGUUUGUGGAGAGGUUUGUCCGCCUAGAUGCAUGGAGAUUGUCAAAGACAUAUCUGUGCAGCUUCCUUGUGGCCAUGUCAAGGACUCUCUUCCUUGCUGGCUGUAUCAUGAGCAAGACGAGAUCAGGUGCGAUGAGAUUGUUCAGCGCACUGUGCCUGGUUGUGGUCACGAUUUGCAGCUCCGCUGUUGUAUUGAUGUCACAGAAGACCACUUCCUGUGUCGUGUAAAGUGUGGAAAUGCUCUGACUUGUGGACACACAUGCAACAAGCCUUGCCAUACUUGCAAGAAGAGAAACGACUGCAUUAUUGUCGAGGAAGAGCAUGGCCAAUGUCGUCAACAGUGUGGCCGGGACUUCAACAACUGCAACCACAGCUGCAUUAAGACUUGCCAUGGAGAUGCAGACUGCGGUGUCUGCACGCAGCCCUGUGAGGUCCGGUGCAGUCAUUCAAGUUGCCCCUCCACUUGCUCUGAGCCUUGCCCCCCGUGUGCAGAGCAGACUUGCUCAUCCUCAUGUGCUCACAGUAAGUGCAACAUGCCUUGUGCAGCCCCCUGCGACUGGGUUCCUUGCUCUCUGCGCUGCGAGAAGAUCCUUCCAUGCUCUCAUCAAUGCCCUUCUGUCGAUGGCGCGGCUUGCCCCGACAUUAGGUUCUGUCAGGAGUGUGGCAGUGAUGACAUCAAGGCCCGAGUUGUUGACUUGAUCAUGAUGAGUACUUACAAUGAGAUUGACUUGCAAGAAGACCCUUGUAUCUUCCCUGCUUGUGGCCACUUCUACACAGUCAGCACUAUGGACGGUCAUCUAAGCCUUGGUGAGCACUAUGUCGUGGAUGGUGACGGUCUACCUGUCGCUCUCAAGACCCCCGAAGACAAUCUCGAUGUCGACAAGACUCGCAUGGUUUGCCCUGACUGCCGCCGUUCUUUGCGCGACAUCCCUCGAUACGGCAGAAUUAUCCGCCGUGCACUAUUGAUUCAGAGCACGCUGAAGUUCAUUACUUGGUCGAACAACUUGUACGUCUCGGCAUAUGGAAGCUUUUCAACGGCACAGAAUACCUUGAAAGAGACUUUGGAAGAGGCUAAGCCUGCAGAGAUUGACCUCCAUCUUGUAGGGUCUCGAUCUGAUCAAAUCCAGGUCAUCCACGUCAGUCUCUCAAAGCGCAGAUACGCCAACAUUGUUGCUCUGAGACACUCCAUAGACAACUUCAGAGGCCUCGUCCGUAAAGAUGAACAGCCAUUCAAGCGCGUUCAGGAGCUCGUUCGUUACGCUCGCAAACAGAAGCAGACUCAGUCAGACUUUGUUUUUGACGAUAGCGUCAUCCUGCAGACCAGAAGCUCCUCUUUAGCCAGCGCCUUGCUUCUUCGCUGCGACCUAGUUAUCCUGUCAGACGUACUCGCUAUACGUUCGUCAAAGCCACUUCCAUUUGGCACUAGCACUACUUUGGACUUUACCAAGAACCGCAGAGACUGUGAGGCUCUCUUCCUUACUGCUCAAGAAGGACUGCAUCACUUGCAGCAGGCUGAAGCUUUGAUCUUCUGGGCACACUUCGCCGCCCUCGAAAUUUCCUGGCGCUCGACGCAUGAGGAAGAAAGUGGUAGCAAUGCACUCGACACCCUCCGUGCCCAAGCCAAAAACCACCUCGCCGGAGCCCGCACAUUCUGCGCCGAACACUCCCAAGCCCGCGUCGUCGAGUCUGAAAUUGAAGAGGUGGUAAAGAUGCUGCGUGAAAGUACAUUCUACAGCCCGGUGACAAACGAGGAAAUGAAGAAUGUCGUUGCCGCCAUGGCACGCGAGUUCAGAGGUACUGGUCACUGGUACCGUUGCGAGAACGGUCAUCCAUUCACUGUCGGUGAGUGUGGUAUGCCUAUGCAGACUGCUCGCUGCCCUCAAUGUGGUGGAGUCAUUGGAGGACAGGGACACCAAGCUGCUGCUGGCGUUGCUCGUGCCAACGACAUUGAACGAGAGUUUGGCAACAUGAGACUGUGA